AUGCAAUUUUCAUUUGCCCUUGUGAUCUCCAUUUUUGCCCACGUGGCCAUGGGCACAGCCCUUGGCGCCAACAUCAACAAUGACCCUGGUUUCGUCUGCAAACCCGGCAACGUUCCUUACACCUGCUUAAAGGGAAACUUGGUUCCUCGCGAACUAACUGUCGGAACCUUCCUCAUUGCCUGCGCGGGUUAUAUUGCCGUGUUCUUACUACAAGCUUGCUCAGAAUCAAGGCUUAGCGAUUCUGAUCCCACUACAAGAGCCGUGCGUCACAUCCGUAAUGAGAUUGCUUAUGAUCGGUUUGAUCGGAGCGUGAUGAACUGGCUGAGAAGUUAGGCAGUCAAGCUGAACUUAUCAAGGACAUUUCGAGACGGCUGGGUCUGAUGGGAAAGUUGGUUGUUUUCAAAAUUUAGCUUAAUAUCAUUAAAUGUAUGCUCUCAACGUGUGUGGAUGGCCU